UAACUGGACGAAUAAUAUUUUACAAUAGUUAGUAUGAGCCACGUUAAAACAUCAAUCAUGGCUCAUGGGGCUUCUGGUUAUGCUACUUUUUAAGGGGGCUCGGGAAGUAAAUAUUCAACACAUCGCUCGGCCUGUUAGGCUGUUACUCAACUUUGUAGCUUAAGCAGUUCAGCUUCAGCGUAAUGAAUCCUUAACAUUCUAACAUGGACUCAAGCUACACUCCUAAGUCCUAAACUAGAAACCUCGUACGUUUGACACCUUGACCCAAAUCGCAAAUAUGAACAAUAUGUCGGAAUCUUUUUACCGGCGACAUCCAAUCUAGUGCGUCCCUACUAUCUUCGCCGGAGAAAUUUUUUUGGGUCAAUUAAUUGAUCUGAACUCACCAUUGAGCUGAGAGAAGCGCAGAUUUGACAUGGUGUUUCAACUGCAAUGCCCCCCUUUUCUCCCCAAAAUAACGCCGUCCUUUCACAAAUCCGACAGAAACCCAGAAAUCUUCCUUGUAUAGUUCAGCCAUUGAUUGAUCUCUGCUACCAAGGGAAGCUCAAAGAAGCCGUUAACUCACUCAGCAUUUUAGCUAGAAAAGGGUUACGAUUAGACUCUGAAACUUUGACAUUUUUCCUAGGACAGUGUGCAACAACCCGAUCUCUUAAGGAGGGAAGAUGGGUGCAUUUUCAUUUGAAGGCUACUGGUAUGAAACAUCCCAGUACGUUAAUAUCGAAUCAUCUGAUGCAUAUGUACUUCGAAUGUGGUGAUCACAUUGAGGCACGCAAGGUGUUUGAUAAAAUGUCUGUGAGAAAUUUGUACAGUUGGAACAAUGCCCUUUCUGGGUAUGCUAAGUUAGGUAUGAUUGAUGCUGCUAGGAGGGUUUUUGAUCAAAUGACUGAAAGGGAUGUUGUAUCGUGGAAUACUAUGGUGAUUGGGUAUGCACAGGGAGGUAAGUACGGUGAGGCAAUAAGGUUUUAUAGGGAGUUUCGAAAGGCGUCUAUAGGUUAUAAUGCGUUUAGCUUUGCUGGUGUUUUGACCAUUGGUAUCAAAUUGAAGGAUUUGGAAUUGACCAGGCAGGCACAUUGCCAGGUUCUGAUUGCUGGGUUUCUUCCUAAUGUAGUUCUUUCAAGCUCAAUUGCAGAUGCUUAUGCUAAAUGUGGACAGAUGAGUGAUGCAAGGAGAUUAUUUGAUGAGAUGCAGGUUAGGGAUAUUCCUGCUUGGACUUCAUUGAUUUCAGGGUAUUGCAAGUGGGGAGAUAUGAGAUCAGCACAAGAGUUGUUUGAUGUGAUGCCUGCAAAGAAUCCAGUCUCGUGGACUGCUAUGGUUUCUGGCUAUGCUCGGAAUAAUAUUGGAAAUGCUGCGUUGGAUUUGUUUAAGAAAAUGAUGAUCUUUGGCAUUAGACCUGAUCAGUUUACUUUCAGUAGUGCGCUUAAUGCUUGUGCUAGCCAAGCUUCAUUAAAGCAUGGUAAGCAAAUCCAUGCCUAUAUGGUACGAACUUGUUUUCGACCUAAUAACGUGGUUGUUAGCUCUCUCAUUGAUAUGUAUUCUAAAUGUGGAAGUCUAAAGCUUAGCCAGCAUGUUUUUCACUUUAUGGGUAUUAAGGAAGAUGUCAUGACAUGGAAUCCCAUGAUAGGUGCCCUGGCACAGCAUGGUAAUGGCGAAGAGGCAAUCAGAGUGUUUGAUGAGAUGAUUCUUUGUGGAGUAAGACCAAAUAGAGUAACUCUUGUUAUCAUUCUCAGUGCAUGUAGUCAUUCCGGUCUUAUAGAUCAGGGGCUUGCUUUCUUCAAAUCCAUGACUGAGGAUCAUGGCAUUACUCCUGAUGUAGAGCAUUAUGCAUGCCUAAUUGAUCUUUUGGGUAGAGCUGGAUCUUUUGAUGAGUUGAUGAAACAGUUGGAAAAGAUGCCGUGUAAAGAUGAUGAUAGGAUAUGGAAUUCCCUGAUUGGUGUCUGUCGGAUUCAUGACAAUAUUGAGCUAGGAAAGCAAGCUGCAGAACACGUAAUCAAACUGGAUCCAAAGUCUUAUGCUCCGUAUUUAUUGCUUUCAAGUAUACAAGCUGCAUCUGGGAAAUGGGAGAAUGUAGAAAUGACGAGGCAGCUCAUGGAUCAGAGAUGUGCCAGAAAAGAGCAAGCCAGUAGCUGGGUUGAAACUAAUAGCAAGGUUCAUGCUUUUAAUGCGCGAUAAUUUCUACUUCCAUUUUACAAACAAUUUUGGUUUCAGUAAAAUCAGAUUAUCAUCACUUCUAUAUUUCAUCUGAGGCAAUAUAAAGAGAUAGUGAAAGUAUACUCAUUUUCUUAUUUUACUUGAGUAGUUGCCUCAAAUAACUUGCCUAUAGUUUGAAUAUUUUUACUUGUAGAUGCAUGUAUUUGAUAAUCAGGGUGCAUAUAUUUCUGGUUUAACCCAAUUGUUUACAGGUUAAUAGAAGAUAAAUUCUUUCUUCGUGGAAUUUUAUUA